UUUCCCAGAAGCGUUGAAGAAGGAGUUCACUUUCUCUCUCUCUCUCUCUCUCUCUCCACGGGAGCUAUGAUGGGACUGCGUAAGCACGUCACCAUGCGAAUGGUGCUACUGAUAUGCACGCUGACCGGCCACUGCAGCGUGAGCGCACCGUCGGCGGCCACGGCGUCGGCUGCAGCCGGCCGGAGCGCGCAGCAGGACUUGAUGCGGAUGGUAGAGAUCGUAAAACACGUGGAGAGCCGGGGACGCCACAACGCAAAAACGGAAGUCCCGUUAAUAUCAAGGCUGAGGAGCUCUCCGGUGGAACCAAAGGAUUUACGCAACUUGAAAACAGACAGAAGGGAUCAGACAGCCGCCGUAAUCCCCAGAGAUCUCAGAAAGAAGGAGAAAUUCCUAAAACAUAUGACAGGUCCGCUUUACUUCAGUCCCAAGUGCAGGAAGCACGUGUACAGACUCUACCACCACACCAGAGACUGCACUAUACCUGCAUAUUUCAAAAGAUGUGCGCGGCUUCUCACCAGACUGGCCGGCAGCCCACAAUGCACAGAGGGGUAGCACACACAAGGUUGCAACCAAAGUUUUACACAAGAAAACAACUUGGGAAAAGGACAUCAAAAGGGAAGCCUAAAAUACUCCGACCAGCCCCAACUGACAUUAGGCAAAGUAUCGUCCUUCAGUGAGGCCUGCUCUGCUAAGGCAUGGAUUACUGCCUCCCACCGCUCUGGCUGGGGCUCGAUGGUUGGCUGUCACCAUGAGGCAGGCAACCAGCCAACAAAACCAGACCAAGAUAAAGAUAGUGAAGCUGAAAAGUGGAGAAAGAAACAAGAAAACAAGAAAAAAGUGGCUGAGAGAAACAAACAUGAGGCCAAUUUUCCUGCUGGCAUCCAUAAAGAUG